AUUAAUUAAGCAUAUCUUUACAAAAGGGGAUUUACAUGCUAACAUUAAUCCAACGUGUCAAUCCUCAUCAACUCCCAACUGUAAAACCCCAUACUGAUCAUAUAUCAUUACAUACAUUCACGGAUUUCAUUUCAUCUAGAUACUUUUAAAUCAAUCACAACCGUUUGAUUUCAAAUUUCUUAAAAAAUCACAAAAACUCUCUUGAUCUCAUCAAAAUUUUCUCAAUUCCCGCUAAACAAUUCUUGUGAAGAAGUGGUAUAUUUCGCAUUUCGGCGUAAAAUAAUGAUUUCCAGGCGUAUUUUGCAGAAAAAAUCAUUCAUCUCCGGUGCAAGAUAUGUCUGUAGCGCGUACGUUAAUAAGUGUGUGCCACCAUCAUCAUCAGUAAAGAAGACUUUGAUUCUAGGGUUUCCACAAUUCACUUCUGUUUCGGCUUCUUCACCUACGCAAUUCGAUCUGAAGAGUUCAUAUGCAAUAAAGAAAUGUGGAUUCUCAACUGAAGCUGUACUUGAUCAACCAGUGGGUGAGGUAAUUGAUGUUCCAUUAGCUCAAACUGGUGAGGGUAUUGCCGAGUGCGAGCUUCUCAAAUGGUUUGUGGAAGAGGGGGAUCAAGUUGAAGAGUUUCAACCACUUUGUGAAGUUCAAAGUGAUAAAGCGACCAUCGAAAUAACUAGUCGGUAUAAAGGAAAAGUCUUGCAGAUUCUUUAUGGUCCAGGUGACAUAGUGAAGGUAGGAGAAACUCUUCUGAAGAUGAUUUCUGGAUCUCAGGCUUCUACUUUGAUAUCUGAGGCUUUAAAUGAAACACUACCUUUGCCAUCUGACACAUUUGAAACAGGUAGCGAAGGUGUUUCAUUUGAUAAGAAUCACAAAGGGGGAGUUCUGUCUACACCAACUGUUCGUCACCUGGCGAAGGAAUAUGGUAUAAAUAUUAAUGAUAUUCUAGGAACUGGUAAAGAUGGAAGGGUACUAAAAGAAGAUGUCCUUAAAUAUGCUGCCAACAUAGGGCUUUGUCAAUUAGUUGCACAUCCACAAGCAAGCUCCACUGAACAGCUGCAGAUUAAAGAGGAAGACACUGCAUGUGCCUUGUCUUUGGAUGGAUGUAACUUUGAAGAUACAAGAAUGCCUCUAAGGGGAUUCCCGCGAACAAUGGUGAAAUCCAUGACCAUGGCAGCAAAAGUUCCACAUUUUCACUAUCUAGAAGAGAUAAAUUGUAAUUCUCUCUUGAAGCUUAAAGCAUCUUUUCAGAAUGACAACUCCGAUCCUGAUGUCAAACAUACCUUCCUGCCUUUCCUUAUUAAGUCUCUUUCUAUGGCAUUAACUAAAUACCCCAUAGUUAACAGUUCUUUCAACGAAGAGUUGUAUGAGGUCAUUCUUAAAGGCAGCCACAAUAUUGGGGUUGCUAUAGCUACUCCAAAUGGUUUAGUUGUGCCGAACAUAAAGAAGGUUCAAUCAUUAUCCAUUUUGGAGAUAACAAAAGAAUUGUCACGGCUACAACAAUUGGCAUUAACUAACAAGCUUAGCUCUGAAGAUAUCUCUGGGGGGACGAUAACUUUAAGCAACAUCGGUUCGAUAGGUGGAAAGUUUGGCUCCCCAAUUCUCAACUUACCUGAAGUUGCUAUCAUUGCAAUUGGUAGAAUCCAGAAACUUCCACGGUUCGCAGAUGAUGGAAGUAUCUAUCCGGCAUCAAUCAUGAAUGUUAACGUUGGGGCAGACCAUAGAAUUGUAGAUGGAGCAACUGUUGCAAGAUUCUGCAACGAAUGGAAGCUAUUAAUUGAAAAACCAGAGCUGCUUAUUUUGCAUACGAGAUGAUUCGUGUUUUCCUCAUGUUCAGAAGAGUGAAGACAAUCCUCAUUUGGUUCACAUGUGUAUGGGAACAUAUGAGAAAAGGAGCUCAAAAUGUGAUAGAUGUUACAUGAAAGUUGGUUGCGUUGAGCGUCAAAGUUUAUUAUGCUAACCGAUGAUGUUGUAAUUUAUUAGAACAACAAAAAAAAAGCACAAUAAAUAAAACUUUACUAGUUUGAGCUUAUACCGGUCAUAAAUGGCUCCUGAACUGCAAAUUAAAAGACAACAGCCGAAUCUUAAGCAAUUCUCGUUUUAAAUAAAGAUAUCAGAAGGAAUUAUCUCCA